GAGAGGCCGGCGCCGGGCCGCUGGGCUGGGCGCGGCUGUCAUCGCGAGGGGGUGGUGCCGGGGUCGCGGCGCGCGUCCCAGGCUGCGGGGCCUCUCCGCAUUCGGGGUGCCCUGGCCUUGGCGCGAGUCGGGGGGCUCCGCCCCGGCCGCGGGGCGCGAUGCGGGGGCCCUGGCGGCCGGCGGGCCCCGCAGGGCGAAGCGGAGGGGGCGUCGCGGGAGUCGGCUGUGUGUCGCCCUCUCCCGGGGCUCUUUCCACUCUCGCCCGGUCGGAAGUGCAGCAGAUGUCCGCGCGGACCGGCCGCCCCUGUCGCCCGUUACCUGCCCCAGGGUGGCGCCUGGGGGGUCCCGCGCCCCGGAGCCCCUGCCGCCGCGCGCAGGUGCAGCUGCGGGGUAGAGCGGGCGGGGGCGCCACGGCCUGGUGAGCAGGCUCGGGUCACUGCCCCAACGCAGUUGUGCCCUGGGCCUCUGGUCAAGGCCGAAGGUUGGUCCGAGGACCCGCGGGGUGGUGCGCAGGGCCAGCCGGGCCGCUGGGGCCGUUGGAUCUUCAGCCCGGGGUGUGGUCCCCCGUGCCCGCGGGCAGCUGGCGGGGAGGGGAGGGCCGCCCCGGGAUUAGCAGGGCUGCGGCGCCGCUGCUCCGUGCCCGGCACACGUGCGCCGUGGCCGCACUUAAGGGACCCCGGCUGGUAGAGACCGACCCAGAUCAGAGGAGACGGGGAGGCUUCACCCAGGGGGACCCCUCGGCCCCCCUCCGGCCUUUGCUGCCCCCGGCCUGGCGUGGCGUGGGGGGGUUCUGAGUGGUUUGAAAGGAGCCCCGGCGCGGUUGCCAGCAAGACGUGGACUGGUGCGGAUCUCGCCGGGGUCGGGGUGACCUUGCCGCGUCGGCUGGGAGGGGCGAGCGUCUGGGGGUGCGGACAUAAUCUGGUAAUCCGGCAGGCUCUGCGCAGCGGCGAUUACAUCCGGGCCCGGGUCUGCGUGUCCACCUGCAGGUGGGCCUUGGGCACCCGAGCCGCUCCGUCCUCCUCGCGGACGAGCCAGCCUCGGGCGACACACUUGAGUGUUUGCCGGAGUCUGGUUUAAGGUACAUAACGACUUCGAGGCAGGCUGUAAACAAGCACUUAGCAUUCCCCUUCAGUGUUCUCCCUGUCUGAGCCGCCAGCUGUGUGUGACACCCUGUGAACACGGAGAAGCCCCUGCCACCGAGGCAGCCGCGUCAAGUGUCGCCUUCCAAACCAAGAUAAAAUCAAAAAAAAGCCAGCCUGGGGCUUUGUGCUGAGAACCGGUGUGAGUUCAUUAUUCAGUGACGUCCUCUGUCCUCAGCCUGCGUGUUUUUGUCACGUGAACCGGCGCUGUGACGGCGCAGUGCCGCGCAGGAUUUGGCCUCUGCCUGGAGCUUGCCCGGGCACAGGGGCGGGCGAGAGGAGCCCUCCGGGCCGGGGGCAGCGUGUGCAGUGACAACGGUGGCUUGGGGGGCCGCGGAAGAAGGCGUUAGGGAGCGGGGCUGACAGCGUUGACCCCAAGUGUGACUCGUGUUCUGAGUGGUGGCAAGCCGCCCAAGGAGCUUAGCUUUGGUGCAGGAUGGCAGGCAGGUGUACAGAAAGCCCUCGGCGAGGGUGCUGGACGACCUAGCCGGUCCCCACGGCCCCGCCCCCGGCAGCCCGGGGCCCUCCUGGCCUGGCCACGCCGGGCGCUAUGGACUCCCCCGGCUACAACUGCUUCGUGGACAGGGACAAGAUGGACGCUGCCAUCCAGGACCUGGGGCCCAAGGAGCUGAGCUGCACGGAGCUGCAGGAGCUGAAGCAGCUGGCACGCCAGGGCUACUGGGCCCAGAGCCACGCCCUGCGGGGCAAGGUGUACCAGCGCCUGAUCCGGGACAUCCCGUGCCGCACGGUCACGCCCGACGCCAGCGUCUACAGCGACAUCGUGGGCAAGAUCGUGGGCAAGCACAGCGGCAGCAGCCUGCCGCUGCCCGAGUUCGUGGACAACACGCAGGUGCCCAGCUACUGCCUGAACGCGCGGGGCGAGGGCGCCGUGCGCAAGAUCCUGCUGUGCAUCGCCAACCAGUUCCCCGACAUCUCCUUCUGCCCGGCGCUGCCCGCCGUGGUGGCCCUGCUGCUGCACUACAGCCUGGACGAGGCCGAGUGCUUCGAGAAGGCCUGCCGCCUGCUGGCCUGCAACGACCCCGGCCGCAGGCUCAUCGACCAGAGCUUCCUGGCCUUCGAGUCCUCCUGCAUGACCUUCGGGGACCUGGUGAACAAGUACUGCCAGGCGGCGCACAGGCUCAUGGUGGCCGUGUCUGAGGACGUGCUGCAGGUCUACGCCGACUGGCAGCGCUGGCUGUUCGGGGAGCUGCCCCUGAGCCACGUCGCCCGCGUCUUCGACGUCUUCCUGGUGGAAGGCUACAAGGUGCUGUACCGCGUGGCCCUGGCCAUCCUCAAGUUCUUCCACAAGGCGCGGGCCGGGCAGCCGCUGGCGUCGGACAGCGUGAAGCAAGACAUCCGGGCCUUCGCCAGGGACAUCGCCAAGACCGUGUCCCCCGAGAGGCUGCUGGAGAAGGCCUUCGCCAUCCGCCUCUUCUCCCGCAAGGAGAUCCAGCUGCUGCAGCUGGCCAACGAGGCCGCGCUCAAGCAGAAGGGCAUCACCGUCAAGCAGCAGAGUGUGUCGCUUUCUAGAAGGCAGUUUGUGCACCUGGCCGUGCACGCGCAGAACUUCCGCUCGGAGAUCGUCAGCGUGAAGGAGAUGCGGGACAUCUGGUCCUGGGUGCCCGAGCGCUUCGCCCUGUGCCAGCCGCUGCUGCUCUUCUCCUCGCUGCAGCAUGGGUACAGCCUGACCAGGUUCUAUCUGCAGUGUGACGGACACGAGCCCCUGCUGCUCAUCAAGACCACACAGAAGGAGGUGUGCGGAGCGUACCUGUCCACAGACUGGAGCGAGAGAAAUAAGUCCGGAGGCAAGCUGUGCUUCUUUGGGACUGGAGAGUGCUUCGUGUUCCGGCUGCAGCCCGAGGUGCAGCGCUACGAGUGGGUGGUCAUCAAGCACCCGGAGCUGACCAAGCCGGCGCCCCUCACGCCCCCGGAGGCCGGCCCCGCCCCCUCCCAACUCGCCCACGGUGCCCCCUCGGACCCCGCGGACCGGCUCUCGCCCUUCCUGGCCACCCGGCACUUCAACCUGCCCUCCAAGACCGAGUCCAUGUUCAUGGCCGGAGGCAACGACUGCCUCAUCGUCGGGGGCGGGGGCGGCCAGGCCCUCUACAUCGACGGGGACCUGAACCGGGGCCGCACGGGCCACUGUGACACUUUCAACAACCAGCCCCUCUGCUCCGAGAACUUCCUGGUCGCUGCUGUGGAAGCCUGGGGCUUCCAGGACCCCGACAUCCAGUGAGGGGCCUGUUCUGCAGAACCAGAAGCCCCGUGACCCUGCUGUGCACCCACAGCCGCAGAGGUGUCCCGCGGAGUGGCCCGGGCUCCGUGUCCUGCCCCUGCCCAGAGAAGCCUGCACCCUCCGCCCUCACCCCGCGAGCUGCAGCCCCGUGCUGAGCUGCAGGGCCCUGUGGUUUCUGUGGGGGCCAGGUCUCCUUGUCGCUGCAGGGCCCCGGGCCCAGGGUCACGCUCGGACCCUGCAGUGUGGCCCUGCCCCCGCCUCCAUCCGCCCCAGGCCCUGCCCCCUGGCUGCGUCCGCCUGAGUCUAAAGGUCUCACCAGGGCAGGCUGCCCACACUGCGGGGAGCACCCUGCCUGAGAACCCCCCAGCUUCCCUCAGCUGGUCCUGAGGGUCUGGGUGCCAUGGCGGGGGGCUGGGCUCCACCCACGCCACGUGUGCCCGCCCUCCCCGUCACCGCACCUCUGCGUGGGGCCUCGGGAGAGAGGGUCCUGCCUGCCGCCCCUUCCUCUGAGCCCCCACAGCCACAGCCCUCACCUGGGCCGCCCCCUGUGGUGUGGUGUGCAUUGACUGUGGACGUCUGAGUCUGGACCAGGCGGUGCCCCCUGCCAGCCCACGGCCGCGUCACCACUGGAACACUGAAGUCUGAAGAACGCAGGGUACGGAAGUCGACGGGUGCUGCCUGCUGGCCCGCUGAGACCCGGAGCUGGACGCUGCUGCCCUGGCCUCACCCAGGCCCCCUGGAGUCCAGCCUGGCCUACGGAAGCCGACGGGUGCUGCCUGCCGGCCCGCUGAGACCCAGAGCUGGGCGCUGCUGCCCUGGCCUCACCCAGGCCCCCUGGAGUCCAGCCUGGCCUACGGAAGCCGACGGGUGCUGCCUGCCGGCCCGCUGAGACCCGGAGCUGGGCGCCGCUGCCCCGGCCUCAGCCAGGCCCCCUGGAGUCCAGCCUGGAUCAGCAGUCGCUACUUCGUGGUGAUUUCUACGUCCUGUGUGAAGUUUUGUGCACCUGUGAAAUAUUAGCUGUCUUUAUUAUCUUUUUCUUUUCUAUCAACCUAAAAGGUAUGUGUAAUUGUUAUCCUUUUUAAAGAAGACAUGUUUUGUCUGAAAGGCGGAGCGAGAGAGUGGAGAGGUGAUCUACCCACGGGUCCACUCCCCAGCGGCCCCUGGCGGCAGGGGCCAGGAACGCAGCCCCUGUUUCCCAUGGGGGCGGCAGGGACCCAGCUCCCCGGCCACCCCUGCUGCCUCCCAGGGUGCGCACGGAGGUUGGGUGAGGGCGGCCCGGCCGCUGCGCCCAGCACCGUCCCCGCCUUGAUUCGUGUUCUCACCGUCGUCCUCGUGAUCUGAUACGAGGCAGAACUCGCUGUAGUGGUCUGGUCCCGGCUGCUCCGCUUCUGGUCCAGCUCCCUGCUGACGCCUGCAGAGGCAGCGCUGACGGCCCGAGUCCUGGGCCCCUGCACCCACGUCGGAGACCUGCAUGGUCCGGCCCCUGGCCCCCGGCUCCGGCCUGGACCAGUGCUGUUCUGUGUGGCCCCUUGGCACGUGGGGAGUGAGUCAGUGGAAGGAAGACGUCUCCCUCUCUCCCUCACUCUGCCUUUCAAAUAAAUGAAUCUUUUAAAAACAAGAAAUUAGUCAAAGUUAGGAGAAAUUGCAUGAGUUACUGAGUUUAUUUUAGAAAGACUGAAUGUUUAUUUUUUUAAAUUAAGCCUAAUUUAAGCCAGUUUACUAAGUUAAGUGAACUCAGCCGGCGCCGUGGCUCAAUAGGCUAAUCCUCCACCUUGCGGCGCCGGCACACCGGGUUCUAGUCCCGGUUGGGGCGCCGGAUUCUGUCCCGGUUGCCCCUCUUCCAGGCCAGCUCUCUGCUAUGGCCAGGGAGUGCAGUGGAGGAUGGCCCAGGUGCUUGGGCCCUGCACCCCAUGGGAGACCAGGAAAAGCACCUGGAUCCUGGCUCCUGCCAUCGGAUCAGCGCGGUGCGCCGGCUGCAGCGGCGGCCAUUGGAGGGUGAACCAACGGCAAAGGAAGACCUUUCUCUCUCUGUCUCUCUCUCUCACUGUCCACUCUGCCUGUCAAAAAAAAAAAAAAAAAAAUUAAGUUAAGUGAACUCAUUAACGCAGAAUCUAUGCCUGUAGGGCUUCAGGAAACCAGGUUUGAACUCGGGGCGUUUCAGUGCGAGUCUCAGAGCCCCGGUUGCGGAGCUGCCCCCAGUUCUGCUGUUCCUGGGCACUCCCGCUUCGAUGUCGCCCGGCUUCGGGCACCUGGAGACGAGGCCUCCGCGCCCGCCCGGCUCCGCCGGCCUGGAGCCUCUGUAGUCUCCUUGGGAAGAGGGAAGCGCAGGCCGGCCCUGGCGCCACGCCCCCUGCGCCGCUGGGGCCCAUGGGCACUGCUUGCCCACUUCCUGCUGUGGCCUGGGAAGGCGGCAGAGGAUGGCCCGAGUGCUCCGGCCCCUGCACCCCCAUGGGAGACCAGGAAGAAGCUCCUGGCUCCUGGGACAGCCUGGCCCAGCCUGGCAGUGUGGCCAUCUGGGGAGUGAACCAGUGGAUGAAAGCCCUCUCUCGCUCUCUCUUUCUCUCUGUCUCUAACUCUGCCUUUCAACUAAAUAAAAAAUAAGUCUUGGGGCCGGCACUGUGGCACAGUGGGUAAAGCUGCUGCCUGCAGUGCCAGCAUCCCAUGUGGGCACCGGUUCAAGUCCCAGCUACCCUACUCCCGAUCCAGCUCUCUGCUGUGGCCUGGAAAAGCAGUGGAGGAUGGUCCAAGUCCUUGGGCUCCUGCACCCACGUGGGAGACCCGGAGGAGGCUCCUGGCUCCUGGCUUCGGAUCGGCGUAGCUCCGGCCGUGGUGGCCAUCUGGGGAGUGAACCAGCAGAUGGAAGACGUCUCUGGCUCUGUCUCUGCCUCUCUGUAACUCUGCCUUUCAAAUAAAUAAAUUUUAAAAAAUACAUUGGUUCACUUUAAAAAAUAAAUCUUUUUAAAAAUAAUAAGAAAAAAGGCAUUUGGAACUGUAAAGAAUUAGCUUCUGUCUGCUGGUUCGCCCGCCUGAGGCCAGCGGCAGCUGGGCCUGGGCCUCUGUGCGCCUCACGCGGGCGCCGGGCCGUGCGUUGCUGGGAAGCCGGGUCAGAAGUGGAGCGGCCGGCACUGGAGCCGGAGCUGUGCUUUCACACCGACGCCAGCGUCACCGCCUGCGGCACCGUCGUGCCAGUCCCUCGUUUGGGUUCUCGGUGUUUCUCUUCCACGGCUUGCAUGUCCUGUUUGCACGGAGAAGUUGGCACAUGAAGCAGGGGGACCAAGCAGGCCGCACAAGUAGCUUCCUGCCAAUAUCCCACAGCAAAAUGUGAGUUUAAAAACAACAAAAAAAACCCGUUUCUGCUUUUUAAUUUGAAUGACAAAAGCAGAUUCCACCUGCUGGUUCACUGCCCGAGCCCAGAGUAGCAGGCCGCAGCCGGGGUCUCAGUCCACGGCUCCCACGCGCCUCCCAGCAGGAGCGGGAACCAGGGGCGGAGCUGGGGGCGGUGCUGUCUGACAGCAGGCUGAGCCGCCGCCUGCUGCCAUCCGGGCUGCUCCGCUUCCAGUCUAGCCCCUGCUGAUGCACCUGGGAAGGCAGCAGAAGGGGGCCCAAGUGCUGGGCCCCGGCACGCACACGGGAGGCCUGGAUGGAGUUCCAGGUUCCCGGCUUUGGCCUGGCCCCGUCUUGGUCACUGGCCACCUGGGGAGUGAACCAGCGGAUGGAAGGUCCUUCUCUGUCUCUCCCUCUCUCUGUGACUGCCUUUCCAAUAAAUCAAAAUAAAUCUCAGACAGAGAGGUGUGGGCUGUUAUCCCGGGCUUCUAGGACUUACUGUGCCGGCAAGCUUCCCCGAAACGGGGUUUUUAAAUGUCCUAAAAGAUUGAUUUACUUAUCUGAAAGGCAGAAUGACAGAAAUCUUCCACCCACUGGCUUACUCCCCAAAUGGCUACCCCAGCCAGGGCCAGCCCGGGCCAAAGCCAGGAGGCAGGACUCUCCCACCUGGGCGGCAGGAACUCCCAGGCACGUUACAGGCAGCGGGUUGCAGGCGGAGGGCCGGGCUGGAACCAGCACUCCCGCGCAGGGUGUGGCCGUCCUGGGCGGCGGUGGCGCCAGCCCCGGGGUUUGUGAAAUCAUCCAGCCCGGAGGUUUCUGUGGUCUUCCUCGUGUCGGUGUCAAAUCCUGCUAAGGACGCGGUGGCUCCCUCGUGCGCACGCUGGCUUCUCAGCACCACAGCAGGACCGGUGGGGCAAAGCCGGCGCACGCUGGCCGUGUGGACAGCUUCAGCCAGCAUGCUGUCCGGCCCGCAGGCCCAUGCCCGGCGCAGGGCCACAGGGCUGGCCUCAGCGUGUGGAAGCUGCGCCGUCCGUGCCGGCCGUCCCCGCCUCCCCCUCUCCGUGUCCUGCUGAAGCGCGCUGCCUGGGACGCCACGUCCCGUGUCUGCGUGCCCGGGUCCUGGGCCCGGCUUGGCUCUGACUCCACUUCCUGGUGCAAGGCCACAGUGUGGCUCAGGACCUUGGGUCCCUGCUACCCGCACAGGAGACCCGGAUGGAGUUCGAGGCUCCCGGCUGCAGCCUGGCGCGUCCCAGCUCAGCUGUUGCAGGUGUUUGGGAACUGAACCAACAGAGGGAACUCUCUCUCUCUCUCUCUCUCUCUCUCUCUGCCUUUCAAAUAAAAUGAAGAAAAAAAUGUUACA